AAAAUCCUAAAACUCAGCUAUGAUUAUCUACCAUCUCCACAUCUGAAGAAAUGUUUUAGUUACUUUGCAAUGUUUCCAAAAGAUUUUGAGUUUGAGAAGGACCAACUAAUCCAACUCUGGAUGGCAGAAGGGUUUCUUCGUCCAUGUCAAGAGACCACUGUGAUGGAAGACGCCGGGAACAAGUUUUUCCAACUCUUGUUGCGAAAUUCCUUGCUGCAAGAUGUCAAGCUAGAUGAGCACAACAAUAUAACACACUGUAAGAUGCAUGAUCUUGUGCAUGAUUUGGCCAGAGAUAUAUUGAAAUCUAAAUUAUUUGAUCCAAAGAGAGUUGGAGGAGAAAAUCUUUCUCAAGUCCGAUACUUUGGAUGGGACUCACCAAGUGAUCAAAUAGAGAGGAUAAAUGAGCCAGGACGUUUGUGCACAUUGUUCUGGAAAAGAAAUCUAUCUGAAGAUAUGUUGUUGAGCUUUCAGUUCUUGAGAGUUUUAAAUUUGUCCAGGUCAGACAUCAAGGAGUUGUCAGCCUCAAUCAGCAAGCUAAUAUACUUAAGAUAUCUUGAUCUCUCCUACAAUAAGAUCAGAGCCUUACCCAGCUCCAUUUGCAAGCUCUACAAUUUGCAAACUUUUAGAGCCAAUAACUGUUUUUCACUCAGGAAGCUUCCAGUAGAAAUGGCAAAUAUGAUAAGUUUGAGACACAUAUAUUGCAAGUAUCAUUACCAAUCAUGUACAGGUAAGGAUCGGUUUCAGAUGCCACUUAAUAUGGGGCAAUUGACUAGUCUUCAGACGCUACAGUUUUUCUAUGUAGGUUUAAAGAAAGGUCGUCGAAUAGAAGAACUAGGUUGUUUGAAAAAACUUAGAGGUGAAUUGACGAUCGAACGUCUUCAAUUAGUCGGAAAUAAAGAAGAGGCUCGAACAACAUAUUUACAGGAGAAACCAAAUAUCUACAAGCUGGUGUAUUCAUGGUCCCGUGAUGAAUCAGAAGGCUGUGAGAUCAAUCAUGAGCAUGUGUUGGAUGGUCUUCAACCACAUCCGAACUUGAAAACCUUAGCAGUUGUGGACUAUUUAGGGACUAAAUUUCCUUCAUGGUUCAGUGAAGAAUUGCUACCAAAUUUGGUCAUGUUGAAAUUAAGUGGUUGCAAAAGGUGCAAAGAAAUUCCAUCACUUGGCCAACUGAAGUUCCUUCAGCAUCUUGAGCUGGUAGGAUUCCUUGAAUUGGAAUGCAUCGGACCUACAUUUUAUGGUGUUGAGAUAAUUGAUAAUGGAUCAAGCAGCAAUAAUGGCAAUAUCCAAGCGUUCCUGUCAUUGAAAGAACUAGUAUUGAAGAAUAUGGCUAGCCUUAUUGAGUGGAAGGGAGUUGAAGUUGGAGUAAGAAUGUUUCCUAGGCUUGAGAAGUUGAGGAUUAGUAACUGUCCCCUGUUAGAAAGUACUCCGAAUCAAUUUGAAAUCCUAUGUGAAUUAGAGAUUGUUGGAGUUGACAGUGAAAUGCCAUUGUUGAACUUGUGCAGCAACUUGACAUCUCUUGUGAAUCUUGUUGUUAGUAACGUGAAAGAGCUCAUUUUUCUUCCCGAUGAGAUGCUACGCAACAAUGUUUCUCUUCAACACCUAUUGGUCUCACUCUGCGGAGAGUUUCGUGAAUUGCCACAAAGCUUAUACAAUCUCCGUUCUCUUAAGAGCUUAGAAAUUACCAGCUGCACCAAUUUCAGUUCUUUUCCUGUUCCCAGUGGAGAGAGCUAUUUGACUUCCCUCCAAAGUCUUGAGUUAUCCAAUUGUAAUGGAUUGACCAGUUUACCAAGUGGAAUGCUAGAGCAAUGCCGGUCUCUAGAGAUUUUGACGGGGGACUUCACCACCUCACUGGGUUACAGCAUUUGGAAAUUGGUCCUUUCUCAGAGACGGUGAAUUUUGAGGCAUUCCAAUUGAUUUUUAAUGGCAUUCAGCAGCUAUCUUCCCUUCGUACAUUGGAGGUAUACGGACGUACGGAUUGGGAUUCUCUGCCCGAUCAGCUUAUGCAACUCUCUGCCCUAACGGAGAUCGGAAUAAAUGAUUUCGGAAUCGAGGCUCUUCCUCAUAGACUUGGCAACCUUACUUCUCUUGUAACAUUAGAUCUGGUGAGAUGCAAACGGCUACAACAUGUGGACUUCUCAGAUGCCAUGCCCAAGUUACGGUAUCUGGAGAUCCGUGAUUGUCCAUUGUUAGAAGCUCUGUCGGAUGGGCUCGGCAACCUUGUUUCUUUGGAAGAGAUAAGUUUAUGUAACUGUGAAAAAUGGAGCAUCUGCCAUCCAGAGAUGCCAUGCAACUCCUCACUAAAUUAUGGAACCUGCGAAUUAGUGUCUGCCCACAGUUAGAAGAAAGUUGCACCAAUCGGAGUGGCUCGAACUCCCAGUGGUCCAACAUUUCCCAUAUUCC